CCCAGUCGUGCGUAAUGGCCAUCAGACGAUUUGUGGCUCGCCGUGGUUCUCCAGAAACCUUCUACAGUGACAACGGAACUAACUUCGUGGGAGCGAGCAACAUUCUUGAGAAACAGAUGCAGGAGAUCCAGGAGAAUUGUGCGAUUACAUUUACCAACAGUAAUACGAGCUGGUGUUUCAAUCCGCCUUCGGCGCCUCACAUGGGCGGCGCUUGGGAGCGCAUGGUGCGCUCAGUAAAAACCGCUAUGUCUGUCAUCGCAGACCAUCCACAGCAUCCUAGUGACGAAGUUUUGGAAACAGUAGUUGCAGAAGCCGAGUCGAUUGUCAACUCUAGGCCAUUGACAUACAUUCCGCUUGAGUCGAUGGAAGAAGAGUCACUGACGCCAAACCACUUCCUGUUGUUCGGUACAAAGGGCGUUGCACAACCGGAAACAUCAACAAAGGUGGAAGGAAGUGCCUUGCGAGACAGCUGGCGUCUCGCACAAUGCUUGGUAAACCACUUCUGGGCCCGCUGGAUUCGAGAGUACCUACCAACUUUAACCAGGCGUACAAAGUGGUUUGAACCUACUAAACCGUUGAAAGCAGAAGACCUAGUCAUCGUUGUGGAGGAGAGUAAACGGAACGGUUGGUUAAGGGGUAAGAUCGUGGACGUUAUUAAGGCACCAGAUGGACAAGUUCGGCGAGCAGUUGUACAGACGAAGAAUGGAUUAAUCAAUAGACCUGCAGUAAAGCUAGCACUCCUGGAUCUUCAGACACCUGGAGACGGUCCGGAACUUCACGGGCAGGGGAAUGUUACGAAACCACAGGGCAGAUUCGUUCAACAGACAGAUGAGUUCAGUUCAGUACCACCCGGUGCUGUCAAUACGAGCAAACAUAAAUGUCAGUUGCGCAAACGUCAGAACAUAUCCUCGUGUGCUGUACUGUCAGAUGGAGCAUAGACACAACGUGAUCAGUCCGUAAGUUGCUCGUCAUUGCACUGUUUCAAUACUAAAAUCAGUUAGCAGUCGUAGUUAAACCUUUAAUAAAGUUGCUUAAAUUCUAGUUAAUUAUAGUGAAUUUGUAACAGAACGAGGUAAUUAUAAAUUAAUAAGAAUUUCCUAAAACUGUACUGUGAACUGUUAUAUCUUACCUAUUGUAGAAACUAAAGCUAAUAGUACGGCUAAUUGACUAGUUCAGGCUAAUUAUCACAGAUUUGCAAGAAGGGACACUACGAACACAGAUAAAAAAGGAGUUUGUUUCGGAUAAACUCGGAAGAAGAAAACGAAAAUCUUUGAAGCUGCGUGUAAGCUGCUAUCAGGACGUGUAUUCUUCCCAAUCCGAACAAUAU